AUGUGUGGCCUCUACAUUACAAUCCACGAUCGACACAACAUUGAUGACAUCCUGAAAAACUGGCCUGAACCCAUCGUUCGAGCUAUUGUUGUGACCGAUGGUGAGCGCAUUCUCGGCCUGGGUGAUUUGGGCGCCUACGGCAUGGGCAUCCCAGUGGGCAAGCUGUCCCUUUAUUCAGCUUUGGCCGGUGUCAAUCCUAGACAAUGCCUGCCCAUAGUGCUUGAUGUGGGCUCCGAUAACCAGGAUCUGCUCAAUGAUCCCUAUUACAUGGGCAUUCGUCACAAUCGUAUCAGGGAUUCACGAUACGAUGAGUUGCUGGACAAUUUCAUGCGAGCGGUUGUCCGAAGGUACGGCAAUAACUGUCUCAUUCAGUUCGAAGAUUUUGGCAACCGCAAUGCAUUCCGAAUCCUCGAACGAUAUCGCCAAGAUUAUUGCACCUUCAAUGAUGACAUCCAAGGUACUGCAUCGGUUACAGUGGCAGGCCUUAUCGCCGCUGGCCGUUUGACUGGACGCAAAUUGAGCGAUGACGUCUACCUUUUUGUCGGAGCUGGUGAGGCCGCCACGGGCAUUGCACAUCUCCUAAAGACAGCUAUGGUGAUGCAUGGCGAGAAGGAAGAAGAUGCUAUCAAACGAAUCUACAUGUUUGACAGGGAUGGUCUCCUUGUACAUGGCCGCCCUAAGGGUGCACUUGACGAUCACAACAAGACUUUCGCUCGGGAUGACAUUGAGCCAAUGGACAACCUGGAAGAGAUUGUGAAGAAGGUGAAACCGACGGUCCUUAUUGACGACUUUUUUUUACACUCUAACCCACCUGUCCUCCCUAUGCAAGGUGCUUCCGGAGUGGGCGGUCUCUUCACGCACCGUAUUCUGCAACAGAUGACGAAGAACGUCGACAAACCAAUCAUCUUCGCUCUUAGCAACCCCACCGACAAGGCCGAGUGCACGGCAGAAAUGGCCUACAAAACCACUCAGGUGAGUCAUUCCCGUUGUGUCACCUCCCCAUAA